AACAAAGUGUAGAGUUUUCAAUCGUUCAAUAUUGCCAACCGCACAAAGUUACAUUGUAAGUGUCCUACCCCCUGCUAAACAACGCAAAAAGUGCGGGCUUCUGGUUGUUUUGAUUUAUUGGCUCAUCAGAGUAGGCCGGUUGCGCAUGUUUUUUUACUUUGCCAGAACGGUGUAGUAAUUGUAGUUAUGAUUAAAUAGAAGCUCGAAAGCAUGGUUAAUUUGUGCAAUUUGUUGCUAAAGUACAACCACUUUAGCAAAGUGGAAGAUGAUAUUUUCAUCUACAUCGAUAGAGUGCUGGAAAAUGCGUCAGAAAUAUAUGUGAGACAACAAAAAGCAAAACGCGAGUUAGAGUGCUUAGAAGAUCAGCUAGCCGAGAAACAAAAGCAAUCCAACCGUUGCGUGUUACCUGUUCCGCGAUCGCCGGUCAAGAGACGUAAAGUUCAAUCCUUGGAUUCACCACUUUCUGUACAAAAGGAAAAUGUAUCAAUCUUGGAAGACUCGACCAUCUUUCCUAACAAAUCCGAAUCGGACGUAUCAGCGAAACUCGAGCUAAACAUUUUAGAUUCCGAGGAACCGUUCUUUGCACUUACCCAAAGCCCUCCUCCCGCGGCUGCUCGCCAGUCGCCAUCGCCAAGAGCGAUACUUUCUCCUAGAAAUGUAUCGAAAACUUCACCUCUACGACCGAUGCCACUUUUAUUUCCCGAAGAAAACAAAUCCGAGAAGAAGCCUUUCCUGCGGGAGAGCCGUUUCGGGAAAAGUGUAAAGCUAAUGGAAUCUUCUUCGGUGGUUGCGGAGAAAUCCAACACGCCUACUACUCCCAAGACGACUCCAAAUGGAAAAUGGACGGGCAAAAAUGCCAAUGCAACCAUAGAAACCUCCAACACAGGUCACACUCCGCCGAGUGGGCUUAAGCGAUUCCUUUCCCUAGCCGACAGCAACCAACGCUUUCGUCAGGUGAAGCUAAACUUUCCUCGCCAAACCAAACAAUCACCGAUGAACGAGCCUGAACAUAAUAGUGUAAAUGAUACGCUGUUUAGUGACUUUGUUGUACCAACACCUCCGUCAGUGGCCAACAAGUCAAAGUUUUUAAAAAGUUUACGAAUGAAAAAGCAAUCUACACUGAUUUCAAGGGCACAAGACGAUAAACCGGGUACUAAAGAUGGCUCCGAUGAAACAUCAUCUUCCAUAGCAGCUAGCAAAGAGCCUCAUACAAUGUUCCCUAACGAUGACGAUGACAUAGAUCAAACGUACUGUCCCGGGGUAGAAUCUACCAGCAAACUGUCAAGGCAAUGUUUAUCAUUCAAAAUAAAGCAAGAACCCGAUUCGCAACAAAAGGAACGCAACCCAUUAAAGGUCCCAUCUAAUAAAAAGUUGGAAUGUCUUUCGGACCACAUACUAGGAGUAGGUGAAGAUUCGGAACCGAAUGAAAUAAUCGUUUUGCCCGCACCAAGCCAGCAAUCAGUAAUAAGCGUCGCCGAAUCUCAAAAUGCUACGGAAAUAUUUAUCAGCGAGUUAAACGGCGAACAUGCCAAGCGGAUGGACGCAGUCACCAUAGGAACCAAUCCCAAUAAUGUGCCAAGAGCUAAUCGCGAGCUAAGAGAACUAUCCGGAUCGGUCAAACCAUACACGCGUGGCUAUGAACAACCGUCCCCACAAGGUUUGUGCAUCGAUUGCACGAUGCUUUACCAAUACCAUACAACACGUGGUGUAUCGAACGACACGGCACGAUCCAAAUUGCCACGCAAUUGUCGCAACUGUCGAGUGGCUCAACUGCAUAGUACUCCUCCUGGGUUUUGGGAUCCCGAUUUUCUUCCCACGCCCGAGUAGCUCAGUUCGAUCAUGAUCGUAAAGUGGUGCCAUCAGGAUGCCAUAAUGUGAGCGUGUGUGGAUGCCAACGAGGUAAGAGACGAAAGGGAUAUCUAUUGAUAGAUUAUACUUCACCAGCAAUUGUAUAAAAUGAGGAUACCGCUCCACCGUGCAUGCAAUGUUCGUAUUAAAAACAUAGGGUUUGAAAUCCAAAAUCAAAUGGAUUGUUUUUAUUAAUGCAUUGUUUGUAUCAUGUCUGAAUCGAUGCUAUUUGUAAAAAAAAA